AUGGAGGAAACAUUCAGCCCCCUGUACCGGGCAUCUGCUGCUGAAUGUGCUUGGUGCACCAGCCUUUACCGGAGACUCUUUAUGGUUGCCCAGACUUUCUACGUCACCAUCAAGCCGGUGGACGACUCCCUGCCUCUUCUUCAGGUCCCUGGCAUGAGGGUGCAGGAGGGUGUGAGAAAGACCAUCACAGAGUUUGAGCUGAAAGCCACGGAUGCAGACACAGAGGCGGAGUCCAUCAUCUUCAGUGUCGUCCAGGCUCCUCGGCAUGGCACCAUCGAGCGCACCAUCAACGGCCAACACUACCGACAGACCGGCAGCUUCACCAUGGAUGACAUCUACCAGAACCGCAUCAGCUACAACCACGACGGCUCCAACUCACUCAAGGACCGCUUCACCUUCACCGUGACCGACAGCACCAACCUGCUCUUCAUGGUGGAGGACGACGGCAAAGAGAUAGUGACAGCUGCUCCCCAGAAGUUCAAGAUAGAUAUUCUGCCAGUUGAUGAUGGAACGCCGCUAAUUUUCACCAACCUGGGACUGCAGUGGCUGGAAUACAUGGAUAAACAAGGGAAGGCUGCCAACCUGAUCACCAAGAAGGAGCUGCUGACCAUGGACCCGGACACAGAUGAUGGACAGCUGGUUUAUGAAAUCACCACGGAGCCGAAGCACGGCUUCCUGGAGAGCAAGCUGAAACCUGGGAACCCCAUCACCACGUUCACACAAGCUGAUAUCAAUCUGGGUCUGAUCCGCUACGUGCUUCACGAGGAGAACGUCCAGGAAACCAUGGACAACUUCAAGUUCCUGGUCAAAGAUAGCAAACCAAAUGUGGUCAGUGACAACGUCUUCCACAUCCAGUGGUCCCUCAUCAGCUUUGAGCACAAAAGCUACAAUGUGAGUGAGAAAGCCGGCACAGUAGCGGUGACCGUGAAGAGAAGCGGUAAUCUCAACCAGUACGCCAUCGUGCUCUGCCGCACUGAACAGGGCAGCGCCACUUCCACGAGCAGCGUGGGAUCCCGGCCCGGAGAGCAGGACUACGUGGAAUACGCUGGACAGGUGCAGUUUGACGAGCGCGAGGACACCAAGGUAUGCACCAUAGUCAUUAAUGACGACAAGGUGUUGGGGAUUGAGAGCUUCCACGUGGAGCUGAGCAUGCCCGUGUACGCACUGCUGGGUGGAAACACGCGUGCUGUGGUCAACAUCAACGACACAGACGACGAACCCACUCUGCAGUUUGACAAGAAGAUCUACCACGUCAAUGAAAGCUCGGGCGCAAUCCAUGCUCCCAUUGAGAGGAAAGGCGAUACCUCCAGCACAGUCUCUGCUCUCUGCUACACUGUGGCCAAGUCAGCGCAGGGUAGCAGCCUCCACGCUCUGGAGUCCGGCUCCGACUACAAGAGCCGCGGCAUGAGCAACGACAACCGCGUCAUCUUCGGCCCCGGCGUCAGCAUGUCCACCUGUGAUGUUAAGCUCAUCGACGACAGCGAGUAUGAACUGUCCGAGGAGUUCGAGCUGGUUCUGUCUGACGCCUCCGAUAAUGCACGCACGGGCGACGUGUCGGUGGCCAAGGUCAUUAUCGACGGGCCCAAUGAUGCAUCGACUGUUUCUCUUGGAAACGCUACAUUUACUUUCAGCGAAGAUGCAGGACAAUUGGAAAUACCAGUGCUGCGUCAUGGCAGCGACCUGUCCUCACUGACCUCUGUGUGGUGCGUCCACCCGACCUCGGACCCUCCGUCAGCCAGCCCUGGGGUCGACUACAUCCCCCAGCUCCAAGAAAGUGGAGUUCAAACCUGGAAAACUCAGGAGACGUGCAGUUUAACCAUCAUGGAUGACAUCCAGAACACCCAUCCAUUGAGGGAGCCGAAGUCUUUCGUGGUGUUCCUCAGUUCUCCUCAGGGUGCCGUCCUCCAAGAGCCCUAUGAAGCCAACGUCUUCAUCACAGACACCUUCCAGGACAUUCCUAGCAUGCAGUUUGAGAAGAGCACCUACACCGUGAAGGAGAAAGAUAAUGCUCUCCACAUCCCCAUCAUCCGGACCGGCGACCUCUCCUUCAAAUCGUCGGUGCGCUGUUUCACCCGGACCAUGUCCGCCAUGGUGAUGGACGACUUCGAGGAGAGAAGGAACGCAGAUGAGUCGCGCAUCACUUUCCUCAAAGGAGAGAAGGUGAAGAACUGCACAGUUCACAUCAACGAUGACUCGGUGUUUGAACCUGAGGAGGAGUUUCAGGUUGCAUCUCGGUACAACGCUUGUGACCACUGGAGCGGCGCCAUGUGGGAGCUAGCGAACGUCGUCACGUAACCCAUCACCAAUGAUGAAAGACGCUCCACCAUCGAGUUCGAGCAGGCGUCCUAUCAGGUCAGAGAGCCCGGUCCAGAUGGCAUCGAAGUGCUCAACAUCAAAGUGAUCCGCCGAGGAGAUCUGGACCGAACGUCCAAGAUCCGUUGCAACCGGGAUGGAUCAGCCCAGUCUGGAGUCGACUACAAUCCCAAGAGCCGAGUGCUUAAAUUCACCCCGGGCCUGGAUCACAUCCUCUUUAAAGUGGAGAUUUUGUCCAAUGAGGACAGGGAGUGGCACGAGUUCUCAUUGGUCCUUGGCCCUGAUGACCCAGUGGAGGCGGUGCUCGGGGAGAUCACAAUGGCCACGGUGACCAUUCUGGACCAGGAGGCGGCGGGCAGUCUCAUCCUACCUGCCCCGCCUAUGGUGGUCUCCCGCGCUGACUACGAUCACGUCCAGGAAGUGACUAAAGAGGGCAGCAGAAGACUCCCUCUCCAGGUUACCCCUCUGGUGUGCGUCACCCCUGUUGACCCUCACUACCCCAAGUACUCUGUGAUGAAGGAGCGCUGUGAGGAGGCAGGAAUCAAUCAGACCCAAGUUCACUUCUCGUGGGAAGUGGCGGCUCCCACCGACACCAGCGGUGCACGGUCCCCCUUUGAGACGGUCACAGAUACAACCCCGUAUACCAGCGUCAACCAUAUGGUCCUGGACAGCAUUUACUUCAGCCGGCGCUUCCACGUUCGCUGCGUGGCUCAGGCCAGAGAUAAAGCCGGUCACCUGGGAACCCCUCUGAGGAGCAACAUCGCCACCAUCGGCACGGAGGGCUCCAUCUGCCACACGCCUGUCACCACAGGAACCGCCAGAGGCUUCCAGGCUCAGUCCUUCAUCGCCACGCUCAAAUACUUAGACGUCAAGCACAAAGAGCACCCCAACCGGAUCCACAUCUCAGUCCAGAUCCCCCAUCAGGAUGGAAUGCUCCCCCUGGUGUCCACCAUGCCGCUGCACAACCUUCACUUCCUGCUGUCUGAGUCGAUUUACAGACAGCAGCACGUCUGCUCCAACCUGGUCACCCCUCAAGACCUUCAGGGGAUCAGUCCGGCUUUCCUUGAUGACGUGUCAUACGACAGUAUCUCUCUGGGGCCGGGAUACGACCGCCCCUACCAGUUUAACCCCAACGUCCGCGAAGGCAAGACCCUCCAGCUCUAUAAGCACCUCAACCUCAAGAGCUGCAUCUGGACCUUCGACGCCUACUACGACAUGACUGAGCUCAUCGAUGUCUGCGGGGGCUCCGUCACCGCCGAUUUCCAGGUUCGGGACUCGGCUCAGUCCUUCCUGACGGUGCAGGUUCCUCUCUCUACGUGUCCUACAUCUACGUUUACGGCGCCGAGAGGCUGGGCCUCUCUGGAGCAUCACACCGAGAUGGAGUUCUCUUUCUUCUACGACACCGUGCUCUGGAGGACAGGUAUCCAGACUGACAGCGUCCUCUCAGCCAGACUGCAGAUCAUCAGGAUCUAUAUCAGGGAAGAUGGACGGCUGGUGAUUGAGUAAACUCAUGCCAAAUUCAGAGGUCAGUUUGUCCUUGAACACCACACCCUGCCAGGCCACAAGUCCCGCCUCAUGGCCCCCGACCACCUCGGAGGCAUUGAGUUUGACAUGCAGCUGCUGUGGAGCGCUCAAACCUUUGACUCCCCGUACCAGCUGUGGAGGGCUACCAGCUCCUACAGCAGGAAGGACUAUUCUGGAGAGUACACCGUCUUCUUGGUCCCCUGCACUGUUCAGCCCACGCAGCCGUGGAUCGACCCCGGUGACAAACAGCUGUCCUGCACGGCUCACGCUCCAGAGAAGUACGACCGUGCAGCUGUUCUGGUGCCGAUUGCCUUCCAGCAGACCAACCGGCCCGUUCCUGUGGUUUACUCCCUCAACACAGAGUUCCAGCUGUGCAACAAUGAGAAGGUCAUGAUGGACCCGGCUGCUGCUGAUGUUUCCAUGGCUGAGAUGGACUACAAGGGCGCGUUCUCCAUGGGUCAGACUCUGUACGGCAGGGUUUUGUGGAACCCUGAGCAGAACCUGAAUGCAGCCUACAAACUGCAGCUGGAGAAAGUUUACCUGUGCACCGGCAGGGACGGCUAUGUGCCCUUCUUUGACCCCACGGGAACUCUGUACAACGAGGGGCCGCAGUACGGCUGCAUCCAACCCAACAAACACCUCAAACAUCGCUUCCUGCUGCUGGACCGUAAACAGCCCGACGUCUGCGACAGGUUUUUCCACGACGUUCCUUUCGAGGCUCAUUUUGCCUCAGACAUCCCGGAGCUGGAUUCCGUGACAGCCAUGCCCGGAGUCGACGGCUUUACGAUGAAGGUCGAUGCUCUCUACAAGGUGGAGGCGGGGCACCAGUGGUACCUGCAGGUAAUUUAUGUGAUUGGCCCUGAGUCACGGUCCAGCCCCAGGAUUCAGCGCUCUCUGACCUAUCAGCUGAGCCGCUCUAAACGCGACCUGGUGGAUCGCGGCGGCCGGCUGACGCUUGACGAAUCGCUCAUCUACGACAACGAGGGAGAUCAGAUGAAGAACGGCACCAACAUGAAGUCACUCCGCCUGGAGGCCGGGCCCUCCCCCACCUUUAACGCCCAUGUGGGCAGCUCUGUGGGUGGGGGCGUGGCCGCCGUCACCCUGCUGGUCCUGGUCCUGCUGGCCUCCUGCUUCCUGUUCCGCCGCUGCCGACGGUCGGCCAAGAAGAAGAGCAAGAAGAAGGCGCCAAAAAUGUACGAGGAGUAUCCGCUCAACACGAAGGUGGAGGUGUGCAUGGACAAGUGUGUGGAGAAGAACUUCAGCACCAAGCACUGCACGGUGAGAAACAUCAACAUCCUGAACCGCAACCAGGAGGCCAGCAGCAAGGCCAAGGUCAAACAGGUCAACCUGGAGGUCAAACUCCACAACAACCUCAACGACGGCACUGAGGUCUGAAACGUGGGAUGAGGAAGCGGAGGAAAAGGUGGAAGUAGGAUUUUAAAAAAUGUAUUUUCUAAAAGAAAGUUUGUACUUCACGGAAUGAGAUGUUUAUGUAUUUUUAUACCGCUUUGAAAAAGGGAAGAGUGACGCGCAGACGACUGGGCUACCUCAGGAAUCCAUGAAACACACAUCUGUGUGAAACCGCCAGAACAUCUGCAAACUCCACCUCAAACUGUCUUCGUUUCAUUACUGUAUUACUUGAUAUUUACAACCUUCUUAACGGUAGCUCAGACAACUUCCUGCUGCAUUUAGUCACAUCACUGCUAUGAGUAUCACUGCUGUGGAGCCGUAGCCUGUGUGGAAGUCCUCCUCACAUACAAAGUGAGAUCAGAAAGUUCUGGAAAUGACCUUAUCUCAUUUAAAUUUGUCUAAUCUCCCGUUCAAGAUCUUCUUCUCUGGAUCCUUUUUAAUUGCUCCCUGGAGGUCCUGUUGUGUCAUGAGGUAGUGUUUAUGUAGUCUCUGGUGGAUGGAUCUCCCUCACUGUGUCAAAGCGACCAUAGUUCAACUUCGUUUUUAAUUUCCGGAAGGAACGGUCCGGGUGGUGAGCAAGGCAAAAAGAAACUCCUGCCCUGCCAUGGCUUUGAACGCUGCAGUAAAAGCAUUCUAAAAAUGUAGCAUAAAGGAAAAUUGUUAGAAUUCAUUGUAAACUGGAGGAUUAAAUCCCGUUGUAAUGAUGCAGUCUGUAGGUCAAAUAUCAAUUAUAUCAAACCGUAGACGGUGGGAGGAAAGGUGCAUCUGCUGAGUCACCAAACCAUAAACUGUCAGCAGCUGUGUCAGUGAUGCAGUCCUGGUUGCAGUUUUGAGAUGACUGAUUGUAGUGCUCGCAGUACCAGACUUCCUCUGCUCGAGGAAAGAGGCGCCUGAUUGUGGAUAACUGUCCGCUCCUGCCACGGAGAGUUCCUUUUUUAAGAAACACCAAAGGAACGUGAUGAAAAGCGUUGGGCUGAAACCAGAGACCCAACUCUCAUCACCAGCAGCGCCAUCAUCAGCAGGAUAAGCCGGGUUUUCCAAGGCAUUCCCGAGCUGGAGCUCUCGGUCUACCCCAGGGUCUCUUCUUAGUUGGGUAUGCCUAGAAAACCUCCACAGGGUGGCAGCCAGGUAUCCAAACCACCUCGGCUGACUCUUUCCCACACCUGAGGAUCCUGCCCCACAGGGCGGCAGCUUUUCCAACACAUUCCCAAACCAUUGAUGGGAUUUGAAGAUUUUAAAAAUGAGCAUUUUCCCGCCACCGUUUUGGCUUUUUUAGAGCCAGAGGUUACUUUAUAUAGAUGAAAGGGUGGAGAGCUAAGUUCUCAGCUGAUACUAGACUGCUUGUUAGCAACUGCAUCCAUAAACUGCAAUGCACAGACACACAUAUCAGCUCCUCGAACCCCCACAGCAAGCCGUAAUAGUCAUAUAAUCUAUUAAUAAAGACUCCAACAGUAGAGAGCUGCCUGUGUCGGGACGCCGGUCAGUGGCCAUGCCACAGAAAAAGGUGGUCCCUCCCCUCCUGGUCUGACUCCAUGAGGAGGCCCCAGCUUCACUGAGGGGUUUUUGAACCGCCCUCAGACUGGCCCCGCCCUCAGACUGGCCCCGCCCUCGUGAGGAUAAGGAGGUUAUCAUGCAGGGUGACCAGUGACGGUACUCCACCUGCAGUCCCAGAGCUCACAGUGCAGGUGGUCAGAUCAGAGUCCAGCAGGUAAACAGCUCGACUGUUUAUGUGAGAUCAGCCAAAUUUAAGUCUUCAAGGUUUUCAUGUUUAUUUGCCUCUAACUGGAACUUUUUGACCCCCC